AUGUUCGUCACAACAGCGAAUCAACUGCACACGAUUCCACCACCCUUGCGCGACCGGAUGGAAACAAUAGAACUCCUCGGUUACACCGCCAACGAGAAACAGAUUAUUGCUAAGCAGUAUCUAAUUCCUCGCCAGUUGACUGCAAAUGGACUGAAAGACGAUUUGAUUCACAUUAGAGAUACAGCCAUUGAUAAAGUGAUCAGUGCGUAUACCCGCGAAGCGGGUGUGCGAAAUUUGGAGCGCGAACUCGGUACCGUUUGCCGUAAAGUGGCGCGCCGUGUUGCUGAAGGAAAGCCGGAUCGGACAACUAUUGCGACUAGGGAUAUUCAACGCUAUUUGGGACCCGCGAAGUUUGAUUCUGAGAUUGCCGGACGUAAAUCCGACAUCGGUGUGGCAACAGGGCUAUCUGUCACACCUGCUGGUGGGGAAAUCCUUUUCAUUGAGGCAGCCACCACCAAAAAGACAAAUGCGCAUACCCAACUACGCAUCACCGGACAGAUCGGCGAUGUCAUGCAGGAAUCUGUACAAGCCGCGCUUAGUUAUGUUAAAUCCCAAUCCGACGCGCUCCAAUUUAACCCGGGUGUAUUAGAAGAUGAUAUUCAUGUACAUGUGCCCGCAGGGGCAAUUCCGAAGGAUGGUCCCUCGGCUGGUAUUACCAUUGCGACUGCCCUCGCCUCUAUCGCCACUCAGCAACAGAUUAGUCCUGAGAUCGCUAUGACAGGUGAACUCACGCUCAGAGGCAGAGUUUUACCUAUCGGUGGCGUGAAGGAAAAAAUCCUUGCGGCGAAGCAGGCAGGCAUUAAGAAAGUCAUUCUGCCACUGGGCAACAAAAAACAUUUCAUUGAAGUUCCCAAAGACAUUCAAAAAGGUGUUGAGUUUCUGUUUGUAGAACAUGUAACCGAAGUUUUCACGGAGGUAUUCACAUGA